AUGGAAUCAAAGUUACCAAAACCGUCUGCCCUAAAAAGACCAGCGCCUGUCGCAAGGACCAUACUGCCAACGGAUAGGAUAAAAACGGCAUCAUUUACUGGAAGUUUUGGGAACAAACCACAUUUGUUCAGCGGGAGCUCUCAGUCUCUGAACACUUUUAAUCAACAUCCACGCGAUAUUACCAACUUUCAGAAUUAUGAAAAUACUGCACGCAGAGAACGAGCAGCAUCUCCCGAAGCUGCACACUCGAAUUAUGGAGCGUCACGGGCAAAAAUGAGACGGAGCCGUUCUGCUUGCGAUAUCCGAGAUAUGCGACCCUUAAAACGGACAGAAUCGACGUUGGCCCCAAUUCCAGCAAAAACUUCCCGACUGUUGUCCUCCACAGCUACAAUUGGGACAGUGGGGGCUAAUACUAACAGACCGCCGCGCAUUGGAAUGUCCACUACUGCAACAAGCAGUACAACUACAAAAAAGCCGCCAACUGCCAAUACAUCUAAAGUUAACGGAGGAGGUCGAACAGCAUUGAAUAAUACAAAGGGUUCAAGUAAUACGAGCGCAAACACAUCGGCGUCUGCGGCCAAAACUGCAAGCAAACGUAUUCCUGCAUAUGACUUUAAGGCACGGUUUAAUGACCUUUUAGAGAAACACAAAAUCCUUAAAGAUAAACUGGAAGAAAAGACAGAACAGCUUAACAGUCUGGAGAACUUACCAGAGGUACUAGAGGAUACAGAAAAACAGUUAAUAACUACAAAAGAAGAACUUAAAAAUACCCAAACGAUGAAUGAAUGCCUAAAACGCGAGACGAAGUUGCUGCAAGAAAAAUACAACAACACUGUGGAAAACCUGAGUAGAACAACGGUAGAACUGAAUAAUCUAACAAAAGCAUAUACUGAAAUAAAACAAGAACAUGCUGAACUAAUUUCCGAAGUAAAUGAGCUGCGUGAGAGAACCUCCACUUUGGCCGACAAAAACGCCAAUCUUAUGGAUGAAAUAGCAAUAUGCAAAGAACAGUUAUUCCGUUCAAACAUGGAACGAAAAGAAUUGCACAACACCGUGUUGGAUUUACGUGGUAAUAUACGCGUAUUUUGCCGUGUCCGUCCACCACUGGACUGUGAAAGGGACAAAAUGCUGUGUAAUUGGAGUUAUUUGGACGAAGCAACUGUUGAAAUUGCCAGUUUCGAACCGACAUCGAAGGGAAAACCAAAUGCACAUACGUUUACAUUUGACCAAGUAUUCCAUCCCUCUUCGGGCCAAGAAUCGAUAUUUGAAAUGGUCUCGCCCUUAAUACAGUCCGCUCUGAAUAGCAAGAACGACAUCUACGUAUCAAAUAUAACGCAGGAGACGGUGGAGAGCGCAGGACGUCUCCGCGAACUAAUGCAAAUCGCCAAGAUGAAUCGUGCAACAGCAGCGACCGUCGGCAAUGAACGAUCAUCAAGAUCACACGCGGUGACAAAAAUCGAACUUAUAGGUGCACAUGCCGAAAAACAAGAAAUUUCUAUUGGUUCAAUAAAUCUGGUGGAUUUGGCAGGCUCAGAGUCACCCAAAACAAGUACUCGUAUGAACGAAACCAAGAACAUAAAUAGAUCGCUGUCAGAGCUGACAAAUGUAAUAUUGGCACUAUUGCAGAAACAAGAUCACAUCCCUUACCGAAACUCGAAGUUAACUCAUCUAUUAAUGCCUUCUUUGGGCGGUAACUCCAAGACACUAAUGUUUAUCAAUGUUGCUCCACUGCAAGAUUGUUUUGUUGAAUCACUGAAAUCACUGCGAUUUGCUGCCACUGUCAAUCAGUGUAAAAUGGCCAAGGCUAAACGUAAUCGUAUACUUAACACAUCCCUUGCAAAUACCAGCGGAAUCAGCAAUCAAUAA